AUGAAUUUAGGUGACAGAAUAACAAAGGAUACCAACGAAAGAAACCACAAGCGUCGCCGCGCCACUAAAUCAGAUGCUAAAGGUAGUUUCAGCUUAGUUGAAAGAUCAAAAUCAUUAGUUCUCUUCCCUGACAUUAACAGCUUUGAUAAGAAUAAGGAAAAUUGCUCACAUAUCAUCAAUUCUACACCAGAAAACUCAAUAAUAACAAACCAAUCAAAUAUCAAUAGUAAUCUGAACCCACAGAACGAGUCACCAAGAAGCCCAACUCUCAACAAAUCGAAUUCUCUUGAUAUCAUUAACAUAGACGUUUCUUCAAGAAAUAAAACUACACAUAGGAAAGAUCCUCCGCUCAGGCCAGUAGAUUCUGCUAACAUAGACAUCGUUGAACUACAAAAGGAAGAACCUGUAAAAAAUCCAACUGCUUCAAAUAUUGAUAUCGAUCAUCCCAAAGAAAAUCCAGCCAUUGCCGAAGCUCCAGGCCUUACUCUUGAAGACGAUGGUAAUAAUGUUCCCGAGCAAAAACAACCAAAGAAAACAAAACGAUCAAGAAAAUCCAGAAAAGCAAAGAAAAGUAGUGAAAGUAAUAAUGAAGAGGAGAAAGUUAAGUCUCAGAAGCGUAGAAGGAAACUUACAAGAAGUAAAUCCAAUAAUAUUUCUUCUCCACCAGUUGAUAAAAAAGCUGCUAAUGAGAAUGACUUAAAUGCAUCUAAGUCGCCAAAUGCUCACUCAUGA